AUGGGGAUGAAAACCGAAUGCGCAUUAUUAUCUCAGUUUGUAUUCUGGACUGGCCGUGCUUCCCGUGCAACGCAGGGAGUACAAACUAAAAUGACUAUCAGCUCGACCAAACGUGACAUAGGGGCGGGGAGCCGAGGAUACGAUAUUACGAUUCAUGCGUUUUAUUUUUUCGCAGUCACAGACUUCACUGCCUGGCACCCGGCGUGGACAAUCUCUCGCUCCGUCUCAUCCACAAGCGUCGAUCACAUGGUAGCCACCGUCAUCGACGGCAAAGCCGUCUCCCAAGCCAUCCGAUCUGAAAUUUCCGGCGAAGUUCGCCUUCUCUCUCAAAAAUAUGGCCAGGUUCCGGGACUGGCAGUAGUGAUUGUAGGGAACAGGAAGGAUUCACAAAGCUAUGUGGGUAUGAAGCGAAAGGCUUGUGCUGAAGUUGGAAUCAAGUCCUUUGACGUAGAUCUUCCUGAGCAAGUAUCCGAGGCGGAUCUAGUCAAACAAGUCCACAUGUUAAAUGCCAAUCCUGAUGUACAUGGUAUAUUGGUUCAACUUCCGUUACCAAGGCAUAUAAAUGAAGAGAAAGUUUUGACGGAGAUCAGCCUUGAGAAGGAUGUGGAUGGCUUUCAUCCUUUGAACAUUGGCAAGCUUGCCAUGAAAGGCAGAGAACCGCUAUUUGUCCCUUGCACUCCCAAGGGAUGUCUUGAACUUCUCCACCGAAGUGGUGUGAGUAUAAAGGGCAAGAAGGCAGUUGUGGUUGGUCGCAGUAACAUAGUUGGAUUGCCAGUUUCAAUGCUUCUUCUUAAAGCAGAUGCUACAGUUACCAUUGUUCAUUCACACACAAGUGAACCUGAAAGAAUCAUCCGCGAAGCAGAUAUUAUAAUUGCAGCUGCCGGGCAACCAAUGAUGGUCAAGGGCAGCUGGAUCAAACCUGGAGCUGCAGUCAUUGAUGUUGGCACAAAUGCGGUUGAUGACCCAACUAAGAAGUCAGGUUACAGGCUUGUUGGAGAUGUAGAUUUUGAGGAAGCAUCUAAAGUAGCUGGAUGGAUUACUCCUGUUCCUGGUGGGGUGGGUCCAAUGACAGUCACAAUGUUGCUCCAAAAUACCCUGGAGGGAGCCAAGCGCAAGUUUGCGCUGAGUAAUUGACUUGAGAACUCAUCAACACCCUUUAGUUUGAGACCCCCUCCCCCCUCCGAAUUAGCGGACAAUCAUGUGAGAAUAAUUAUGACAUUAAUUUUACGAAUCCUUGGGUUUUGUUAAAGCAAAACAAGAUUCUGAUUCUUUCAUUCCCCUGCUCAAUUAGAUAGUGGAUAAACACAAAAUUUGAAG